UGCGGUGUUUGCUUUUGUGAAUUUGACGAGGAAAUAGGAAACCUAAAUUUCUACAAUGCGCCCACACGGUGUGCUUCAAUUGUCUCCAGAAAAUCUACUAUCUAAAUUUACCAAAUUUGAAAUGUGUUAGCCAACGUUUAUAAGAAUUGUAAUCUAAUUAUAUAAACCUUCUAAUAGUAUAAUCCUAGGUACCUAAUUACCUUAUAAACAACUUGAAAGUGAUCAUAAACAACUGAUAAUGGUUCCAGCCGCCUUCAAACCAGGAUCCGGAGAUUUUAACUCUGAUAGUAAAACGUGUUGAAAGAAAACGAAAAAAAAGUCGAUAAGGAAGCCCAAAUUUCUACAAUGUGGCCACACGUACUGUCUGAAGUGUCUGCAGGAAAUAUGUCGAGCUGGCGCUGGCUGGAUUACAUGCCCUUUUUGCCGCAAAACAUUCUUAAUAAGCGACACUGCCAGUCUGCCCAACAAUUCCUACGCCCUCCAGAUGGUCAAAUUAAAAGAAGAGAGGGAAAAGACGAAAGUAACGGCCGUCAGUUCUUUGGAGUGUCGAUCUUGUAAUUCGGUAAAAAAGGCAGUAAUGAUGGAGCAAACGGUGCAAUUGGCCUCUGUUCUCAAGAAACGAAAAGUAGUACAAGGGCAAUUGGAUGCCAUCGUGAAAUCCAUCACUGCGGUUGGUGAUCAAGUGAAGAAACUCCAGGAAGAAAACAAUAUCGAAAUGGCGGAACUGCUGUCGCUCAUUGAAGUUACUCCGCAACCGACAGCGUCAAGCUUUUUGCCAAAUCCAAUAUCCCCCAUGAUUGCCAAAUUGGUCCAGUCCUCGAUGCAUACUUACAUUUUCAUCCUGAAAGUGUUUAACUCCGGCACGUCAAUAGGCGAAAUUCGGAUCCGCCCAGCAUUCACAUUUCACCCGGAAUUUGUGCAAAAGUUGUUACAGUUUUGUUACAAUUCACCAAAGAAUUUUGUCUCUACUGUUGCCAAGGCCCAGGCUGGAGUGUUCGUCUCAAUAUCGAUGUCUCAUGCGUCAUUUCGUCCAACUUUUACGGCUGCUAAUCAGACAACUCGUAUUAAUGUCUCAAAAAUGGGUGAGGUUGGGAUCAUUUUUAAGAAAAAGAAUCAACCCGUCGGUGUCGGCCCCAACACCAUUACAGGUUGGAAUCUGUUCAUACCAUUGAAUCCUGCCAACAACCAACAAAGAAAGAUCAUAACUUCCGCUUCCGCCGAACUGUUUGGACACAUCAUCGACACAUCCAAUCACCCCAAUGUAGCCAUUACAAAGCUGAGUACGUCCAAAAAGAACGAAAGAGGAAGCUACACAAUGACUCUCGAAUCCCAGUAGUACUACCUCAAUAAGGUAUUUAGUUCUAAUCGAAGAUUGCAUGUACAUCCUUAAUUCUAACCGUUGAAAGAAAACUGUAUAAGAUCACAGCUUUUGAGAGCAAAUUAAAAAUUUGAUGGAAAUGUAUUGCAUGUUCAGCGUUUGUUUAACAUGUUAGUUUCAUUAAGAUAUUCCUAAAUGUUUUGUUCUACAUUGGCCUGUGAUAACGCAGUCAGUUUUUAAUCAAGAUUCGUCAGGCUAUUGCGCAACUUUUAAAGCAUUUGUAAGGAGUGGUGAUAAUCAAACAAUGUUCAAAAAAGGUGAUAAGAUGGGAGUCGGACGACAGUAGGUAAAGAACAUGGACGGCGCUUUAGACGACGCUAGCGAUACGGAACAUUUCGUCAAUUGCGGUGUUUGCUUAUGUGAAUUUGACGAGGAAAAUAGGAAACCCAAAUUUCUCCAAUGUGCCCACACGGUGUGCUUCAGUUGUCUCCAGAAAAUCUGCCUAAAGGACAUGAUUUCCUGUCCAUUUUGCCGCAAGAACUUUGUCGGCGUAACUGUUACAAGUCUGCCCAACAAUUUGUACGCCCUGCACAUCAUCAAAUUAAAGAAGGAAAAGGAAACAACUGGAACAACUGCCAGUUCUCUGGAUUACCGAACAAGAUUAGCCAGUGCCCUGGAAACGCGCUAUGACGUUCAAGAGCAGUUGGAUGUUGUCAUGAAAACGAUAUUUGAGGCUGGAGCGCAAGUCAAGAAGCUUCAGGUGGAAAACUACCUUCACAUAGCAGAACUGAUGUCGGCCAUGAAAAUGAAUUCCCCACCAGCCCCCGCAACUGUUACACCCACUUUUAAACCCACCUACAUAUUCCCAAGUCCAACCCCAACUGCAAACAACAAAUUCGUCUUGGGAGAAUCAAUUUUCAUCCUGAGGCUGUUUCAAUCGGGCGCUCUUAAAGGUGAAAUUCGGAUCCGUCCUGCGCCCACAUUUCACCCGGAAUUUCUCCAACACUUGGGCAAAUUCUGUUACAAAUCUCCCAAAGAUUUCGUCACCACUGUUAACAAGGCGCACGCUGGAGUAUUUGCUUUGUUCUCCAUGUCCCAUCUUCUAUUUCACCCCAUGGUUCCCAAUUAUACUUCUAAUCCUUGGCCUGGCACCACUCCUAACGCGGCUCCUGGUGAGGUCGGGAUAAUCUUAAACAAAUCUAGUCUGCCCGGUUCGAUCCUGAGCUCCUCCGCUAUCACUAGCUGGAGCUUGAUCCUUUCUGUGAGUCCUGUAAAUCACCAGCAUAAGAAUUUAAUAUCACCCCUGCCAGUCGAAAUGUUUGGCCAUGUCAUGAAUACUUCCGAUUCACCCAAUGAAAUCGUUAUGGAACUCAGCAAGUCCAAGAAAUCUGAAGUAAUCAACUACACAAUAAGUCUUGAAUCCCAGUAGAUCCUUCAUUUGGAAAGUCCACUCUAAACCGGAUCAACCCUGUAUCAAUGCCAUAAAUGCAUUAAAGAAACUACAUGAUAACGCAAUGCUGUUAACUUGAGGAUUUAUUCUUAAAAUAAAUUGUGCAUGAGCUAA